AUGCCACAUAGAUUCAAGCAAGUCAUUAGACCUACUGCUGACACGAAGUCCCUCUACAUAAAAGAUCUUCUGCAUGGGGAGCCGGCAAAUGGUCUACACGACCUGAUCGGGAUCGGCUUUGGUCCAGCGUCUCUUGCUAUUGCGGUUGCCAUUUACGAUGAGAUUGAAGAGAGGGCCAGUCAUGGCAGUAUCAACUUCAGGCCUGCUUUGAAGUUUCUGGAAAGACAAUCUGCGUUUGGCUGGCAUACUGGCAUGCUUCUUCCCGACACGAAAAUGCAAAUCUCUUUCAUCAAAGACCUUGCUACGAUGAGAAACCCAGCAUCGCAUUUCACUUUCCUCAACUAUCUCCAAGAGCACAACCGGUUGGUCCAAUUCUCAAAUCUGAACACCUUCUUGCCUCUCCGCGUCGAGUUCGAGGACUACCUGAAAUGGUCUGCCGGACAUUUCAAAGACAUUGUUCAAUACUCUCGAGACGUCGUUGGAGUACGCCCGCUCAGGUUGAACGACAGCAGCAAAUACAACUGCCUCGAGGUUACGUCAAGAAAUAACUCUACAGGUGAAGUAAAUGUGCAGCUGGGAAGGAACGUGAUUAUCGCAGUCGGUGGACGUCCUUCAUGGCCUGCAGUCUUUCCUCAGCACCACAGAGCUGUCAUGCACUCCUCGCAGUACAACUACCGUAUCGAUGAUGUACUCCCGAAGAAAGAUGGUGACUACAAUAUUGCAGUGAUUGGCGCGGGACAAAGCGGAGCAGAAAUCUUCAAUGACCUGCACAGUCGGUAUCCCAACUCAAAGACACAUUUGCUCAUCCGAGAUGUGGCAAUGCGUCCAAGCGAUGAUUCCCCGUUUGUAAACGAGGUCUUCAACCCUGAUUUUGUCGACCAGUUCUAUACCACUCCGGCCACCAUACGAAAGAAUCAAUUGAAGGUUAACAAGGCCACCAACUACAGUGUUGUCCGCCUUACACUCCUAGAGCAAAUCUACGAGGACAUGUAUCAGCAGCGGUUGGAGGACCCUGACUCGGAAAACUGGCAGCACCGCAUACUCUCCUCGCGGGAAGUCGUUGAAGUGACGGAGACCUCUGAAAAAGAACGCCUAAAUCUGGUUGUGCGAAGUCUGGUGGACGAAGGCAAUUGCCAGGAAGUGAUCUCAGUAGACGCUGUUGUACUCGCGACGGGCUAUGUUCGCGACGUGCAUAACGAAAUGCUGAAAGAGUGUAAGAUCAUAAACAGCUCGUGCGAUGACGAAUGGAUUCCUGAAAGGGAUUACAAGCUAGGUCUCAACCGCGAUCUGGUGGAGGAUGAUGUAAACAUCUAUUUGCAAGGAUGUAACGAACAGACUCAUGGCCUGUCGGACACGCUACUUUCUGUGCUUGCGACGAGAGGAGGAGAGAUUGCGAAAUCUGUGUUUGGUGGUGCCCUCCUCGAGGCGAAUGUACGAGAUCUUGUGCAGAGCACUGGCUUGAAUGGCCCACUGGGACCGUUGUGGAAGUUGCACAAGACACAGGGAGUCAGUAUACCCACGAAAGUGACAGAGUCGAGUUCGGUUCAGACUCAAACAGCUGUCAAGGCAUGA